UAUUAUCUUGUUGUCCCUCACCAAACCUACACAAUCAAACAAUUUCAAUCGCAAGAACCAAAUUCGGGGACGGGGACCACUUCACAGUCCUGUACUAUGACUGCUACAUCGAAGCUGCAUAGAAGAAGAAGAAGAACAUACCCUGCAGAAAUCCGGUGACGAUGAAUGGUUAUCCAAAUGGCAAGGGAAAGGAGAAGGAUAGAUAUUUACCCGCGAGGAGAAAGGGAGGAGAAUCGGGGAAAUGGCUAGAUGUGCUGGCAUACGGAGCUUUCAGCGCCCUGCUGGCUUUGAUUUUGAAAUAUGCCAUCUCAGGUCAAUACUGGAAUCUGAAUUUCUUCUUGCUGGCGGUCCAGGUACGUCACUGGACACUUAGCAUCAUACCUCGAGAGAAUGCGCAAACUGAUAUCGGAGCUUAAUUAGUCAGGAUGCGCCAUAGCAGCAAUCUUUCUUUUGAAAAGAGGCGGAUAUCUGAAGGAAAUGAUGGGCUUGGAGCUACAAAAGGCAAAGACUUGUAUGUGUUGCGCAAUUGAACGAAUCCGGGAUGGCAGAUGCUAACGAGGAACCUACAGGGCUUCCUCUGUCAAUAUUACUUCUCGUCUCAAACUACUUGUCGUACAAAGCGCUUCAAUGUCUAUCAUUACCAACAUAUAUACUCCUUUCUACCACGACCAUAUUCACGGUCCCCUACAUUGACAGCAUUCUGUUCGGAGCUCCAAUACCACCAUUUGCAUUUAAAUCGUAUCUUCUAAUAUUCUCCGGCAUUAUUAUAUCAGUAAUUUUGGAAAACGCGCAUGCAGAAGCAAGCUAUGGGGAUAGACGGCUCGAACAAACAUUGGAACCUCAAGAUCCAGUAAUGAUAUUGUUUUUUGGAUACAUUUUCAUGGUCGUUCAUCUUCUAUUAUACAGCACAUACGAAGCGUGGAAGGCAAAGAUUGUGCCGAAUCUUGAGUUUGGUCAAUGGGAUAGUAUGGCUUUUCUUCCAAAACUCUGCGGACGGCUCACUAACAUGCCUUAGUUUUCCUAUAUAACCAUGUUCUUAUGUUUAUCAUCGCAUCGACUCUUUCUCUUUUCAUCGAAGAUUUCUCGGACGAGAAUAUGAACGAUUGUUUCCCGUCUUCCAUCCGAAAAUCAACUAUCAUGGCCAUAAUAUACACUGGUGUCGGCAUCUUUCCCAUAUUAUCUUUUUCCACGGCGAUUACGCAAAAGUCCUCGCAAUAUUUUUAUUCUAUCGUCGAAACUUCAAGUAAAAUGGUAAUCGCUUUGCUGGGAAUGUAUAUGUAUUCGCAUCCGAUCAGUGUAGGAAGUGUAUCAGCCAUCGUGAUAGGAUGCUCUGGGGGCAUUUUGGGUGCAUGGUUAGAAGCGAGACAUCAACAGGAUGUGAAGGGGAAACGAGUCCUACCUAUUUGAAGAAGACUCUUUUGAUAUAGACCGCUGUACACAACCAUCGUUUUUUAAAUGGGAGCCAGGCGUCAGGAUACGGUAUUGGCUACAACUUGCAUACAUUUAGUAUAAAACCCAGUCAUAUUACAUAUUGCAUAGAGAACAAAAGGGGACGAUAGGAAAUGGCAUUCACAUUUUUACACCAUCCUCAUUGUUUUAGAAUCAUGGAUAUAAAUCCGAAAAAAGAUUCCUCAUUCUCCACAAAAUGAACUGCUGAACUCUAAAUACGAGCAGGUAGAUCCAUCCAUACCGGUUAGAAAUAUUUUGAUACCCAGCGGCCUCCCUCCCGAGGUAUCCAUCCAGAUGGAACAUUCCUGGUAGGGCAGGCCGAAACAUGUAAUCUUAGAACACGGAUCGGUCAAUUGACUGUGAAUGGUCUUUUUCUGGUUGGA